GAGCAAGAGCCUUGCUGGUGAAACCGAAGGCCCUCUGCACGCGCACAGAGACCCUCUUGUGUGCAGUUGGGAAGAAAGAAAAAAGAGAGAGGAAAGAAAGGAAGGAAGCAGGAAGGCAUAGCUACAAACCCUUUUGCCGGAAAGCAAUUCAAAACCGGUGCCAGACAGCUCCAAAACCCAGACCAGAGAGAAAGAAAAACCAAUCCCAAGAGCAAGAAGAGCUUUCGUGGCGAACCCGGAGGAGGCCCUCUGCACGCGCUCAGAGACCCUCUGGCUUGCGGCUCUGAGAGGAACCCAACCCACCCCGGCUGGCUGCGUGGGGAGUGGAGGCGAAGGCGCGGCGAAGGCGCCUCGGCGGCUGCGUUUGGAAAGGGCCAGGGGGACCUUGCAGAGGCGGCCCUCGCGGCGUGUCCCGGGGGGCCCUCCGCCUGCUUGGCCCCGCAAACGGAAGCGGGGGGUUCCCCCUCCCUGGCCGGACCCUCCCCCGGCGGCUCCGCGGUCGGAGAGGCGAGGGCAGAGGCGGCGAAGAGGAGGCGUUGUGUGCGGGGCGCAUCCCCGCCGCUCUUUCGUCGCGCUUCGGGGCCAUGGCGCGGCGGCGGUGGCUGCUCCUUUGGCCGCCGCAGAGCCGGAGGAGGACGAAGGCGAGGCGGAGGCGGAGGAGGGGCUGCUGCUGCUGCUGCUCCUGCUGAAGCUGCCGAGGCUUGCGAGGCCUGGGAGCCCCCCUCUCGCCGCCCGAGCCCCCCUCGCCAUCCCCGUGCGCCCUGGACGCGCGCCUGCCUCCUGCCUCCUGCCUGCUGCCUGCCUCUCUCCAUUGCGCACCGCUGCAGCCAGCGCCUCCCUCUUCCUCGCCUCUCUCCUUCUUCUCUCCUUCUUCUCUCCUUCCUCCUCCUCCCCGGAAGACCCGGGCCCCGAUCCUCGGGGAGGAGGAAGGCGGGACCCCCUGCUGCGUCUCCCCCCCCCCCACAGGAGCCCCCUCUUCCUCCCUCCCUCCCUCCCUCCCUCCCUUCUUCCUCCUCCUUUGCUCCUUUCCUCCCUUCCUUCCUCCCUUCCUCUCCGCGCGCCAUGGGCAAAGACCAGGAGCUGAUGCAGGCGGUCAAGGCGGAGGACGUGGGCGCCGUCCAGAAGCUGCUGCAGAGGCCCAAGCCGGGCAAAGCCAAGCUCCUGGGAUCCACCAAGAGAGUGAAUGUCAAUUUCCAAGACACAGAUGGGUUCUCCGCCCUGCACCACGCUGCCCUCAAUGGCAACACAGAGCUCCUCUCACUGCUGUUGGAGGCCCAGGCGGCUGUGGACAUCAAGGACAAUAAAGGGAUGCGUCCCUUGCAUUACGCAGCCUGGCAGGGCAAGAAGGAGCCCAUGAAGCUGGUGCUGAAGGCCGGCUCCUCAGUGAACAUCCCCUCUGACGAGGGGCAGAUCCCGUUGCACUUGGCAGCUCAGCAUGGCCAUUACGAUGUGUCGGAGAUGCUUCUCCAACAUCAGUCCAAUCCGUGCAUUUUGGACAAUUCUGGAAAGACGCCGCUGGACUUGGCCUGCGAAUUUGGGCGCGUCGGGGUGGUGCAGCUGCUCCUCAACAGCAACAUGUGCGCAGCCCUCCUCGAACCCAAACCCGGGGACAUCACCGAUCCCAACGGCACCAGCCCCUUGCAUUUGGCAGCUAAGAAUGGACACAUCGACAUCAUCCGCCUCCUCCUCCAAGCUGGGAUUGACAUCAACCGGCAAACCAAGGCCGGCACUGCUUUGCACGAAGCUGCCCUUUGCGGCAAGACGGAGGUGGUGCGGCUCCUCCUGGAUAGCGGAAUCAAUGCUCACAUCCGGAACACUUACAGCCAGACAGCGCUGGACAUCGUCAACCAGUUUACGGCCACCCAAGCCAGCAAGGAGAUCAAGCAGAUGCUGCGAGAUGCCUCUGCCGCUCUGCAGGUCCGGGCUGUCAAGGAUUACUGUAACAACUAUGACUUGACCAGCCUCAAUGUGAAAGCUGGGGACAUCAUUACGGUGUUGGAGCAGCAUGCUGACGGCCGGUGGAAAGGCUGUAUCCAUGACAACCGGACUGGGAAUGACCGUGUGGGCUACUUCCCCUCCAGUCUAGUGGAAGCCAUCAGCAAACGCACUGGUUCGUGGCAGGCCACCUCCCUCCUCCUCCUCCCGGCCUCCCUGCCCAACGGCCGGCCCUCCUCCUUCAUCUCCACCAUCAUCUCCUCCUGUUCCUACUCCGCCUCCCAUCAUCCCCUGCCUCCUUCGCCUCCUUCUCCUCCGCCAUCAAAUCCCCAUCAUCCGCCUCCUUUCAGUUCCUUCGGCUACCGCCGGCUCCCCCACGGCGCCCUCGAAGGGCCCGCCGUCAACCCAGGCUCCCGAGGGUCCGAUGCCAGCCCUUCCCACCUGUCACCGGGGGGACCCGCCUCUACGCCGGCGCCCGCCGAGGAGAUCUGGGUGCUCCGCAAGCCCUACGCAGGUGGUGACCGCAGCAGUGUGGGCAGCACCGGAAGCGUGGCUAGUGGCCGGAGCACAGGAAGCGGCCAAAGCACCGGGAGCGGUGGCCACACGGCUCUCCAUCCGGGUGCAGAAGGGGUCAAGCUUUUGGCGACAGUCCUUUCCCAGAAGGCGUCUGUGCAAGAAUCCUCCCUGGGUGACGGCCCUUCCAAAGCGGCAUCGUCGACAUCAGAGGGGCCCACAGGUACUUCCCGGACCCCGAGCCUGGGGGGCUCUUCUUUCCAGAACCAGCCUUAUGGCGAACAGCAGCCGAAGAAGGUGGAGCCCAUGUCAGAGGGGAAGAGUUCAGAGGCAGUCUACCAGUGGCUUUGCAAGUUCCAGCUGCAGCUUUACGCCCCCCACUUCAUUAACGCCGGGUACGACAUCCCCACCAUCAGCAGGAUGACCCCCGAGGACCUGACGGCCAUCGGGGUCACCAAACCUGGGCAUCGGAAGAAGAUCGCCUCUGAGAUCAACAGCCUCAAUAUUUCCGAAUGGCUCCCGGAGUACAAACCGGCCAACCUGGCUCUCUGGCUCUCCAUGAUCGGACUGGCCCAAUAUUACAAGGUUCUGGUGGAAAAUGGCUAUGAGAACAUUGACUUCAUCACUGACAUCACCUGGGAGGACCUGCAGGAGAUCGGCAUCACCAAGCUGGGUCAUCAGAAGAAGCUGAUGCUGGCAGUGAAGAAGCUGGCAGAGAUCCAGAAGGCUGAGUUCGCAAAGUACGAGUCUGGCACCUUGAAGAAGAAAGGGCCUCCACAAGACACGGUGGCCAUCGAGUCGCCCCAGCAGGAGUCGGCUGAGUGCCAGUCGCCCAAGAUGACCACCUUCCAGGACAGCGAGCUGAGCAAUGAGCUGCAGGUGGCCAUGACUGGCGAGGAGGGGUCUGAGAAGCAGGGCAACCAUGUAGGGCACUUCCGCGAAGGGACAGCCUACCGCCACGGCCCCCGCUUGACCCACGAGAACAGCCUGAGUGGGAGGGCGAAGCAGAUGAGCAGCUCCCAAGAGCUCCUGGGUGAUGGGCCCAAACCCUCCAGCGGCACCAUGUCAAAGAGCCAGGAGUACCUGGUGGAGGAUGGAAAAGAGAGCCCAGCCACAUUGCCCAAGGAGGUCCGGACGCUGCGCCAUGGCCACAGCGUCAAGAGGGCCAGCGUUCCACCGGUACCCGGCAAGCCCCGGCAAUCCUUCCCCCCCUCUGCUGGCCGCUACACUCCGCCACAGACACCCACCAAGCCCCGCCCCUCCUCGCCACAGACCCUCGGUAUGCCACACGCCAAGGUCAAACCCACGCCACAGUUGUUGCCGCAGUCCGACCGCCCCAUGUCUCCCCGCUCGCUGCCGCAGUCUCCCACGCACCGGGGCUUUGCCUACGUCAUGCCACAGCCUGUGGAGGGAGAUAGCCACAUCACAGGGCCCCUAGCGCAAGCAGUGCCUGUGCUGCCCGUCUCAGUGCCUGUGCUGUGCUUGCCACCACAGGCUGCAGAAGGUGAAGAGGAAGCAGGCCGGCCGAAAAAAAGGGCACACAGCCUUAACCGUUACACUGUGUCAGACAGUGAGCAGGAGCGGGAUGAACUACUGGUGCCCGACGCUGGGCCAUACGCCACUGUGCAGCGAAGGGUUGGGCGCAGCCACUCGGUACGUGCCCAGUCAGGUGGCGAUAAGAACGUCAACCGUAGUCAGUCAUUCGCUGUUCGGCCAAAGAAGAAGGGGCCUCCGCCACCGCCACCCAAGCGGUCCAGUUCAGCCAUCUCUAGCACCAACAUGUCUGACGAUUUCACAAAGGAAGGGGAAGAGGGUCUGGAGCCUCCUGAGGAACAGCAGCAGCAGAGGCGGGCCAGUGAUUCUGGCAGUGUUGUGGACACGGGGAGCGCCGGGAGUGUUAAGAGCAUUGCCGCCAUGUUGGAAAUGUCCUCCAUCGGUGGUGGAGGCAGAGGCCUGGUCCUGCAAAAGCCACCCGGAGCUGGGAAAGGCCCCGAUGGCUACUAUCUACAGCCUGGUGCAGCCUUGCACCCGGUCAGUCCAGAUCAUGCACAUGUCGCAACCGUCAUGGCCUCCGUUAAGCACAAAGAUGCCAUUGGACCAGAUGGGGAGGUGGUCAAUCGCCGCCGCACAAUCAGUGGCCCCGUCACAGGGCUGGUGGCCGCCGCUCGGCGGGAGCGCUCCGAUAGCAUAAAGUCUGAGACAUCCAAAGAGAGCUGCCCAAGGGCUGAUCAUGGAGGGGCUCCGCAGAACACUUCCGGGGAGAAUAUCCCCUUUGCAGAGGAGGGCAGCCUGACCAUCAGGCAACGGCCUAGGCAGAUGGGGGUGGCCAGGGGUGAAGCUGCCGAGGCCCUGGCCCUCACCCACCGGCAUGGCGACCUCUCUAAGGUGGAGGCUAGUGCCACGCUGAAGAGGAGGAUCCGGGCAAAGCAGAACCAGCAGGACGGCGUCAAGUUCCUCCUCACGGAGUCCGACACAGUCAAGAGGAGGCCAAAGUUGAAAGACAAGGAGCAGGAGCCCGCCCCACUCUCAGUCUACCAGAAUGGCACGGCCACCAUCAAACGCCGUCCGGCUUCAGAAACGAGCAGCAUUGAGGCCAUGUCCCCUGCAGAGCAGCAAGAGAGAUAUGACUACGCCACAGCUCAGCCUCCUCCGGAAGGGGAGCCCAAGAAGGUUGUCAAGCCACCAGUUUCUCCCAAGCCUGUCCUACCCCAGAAGGUCUCGGGCCCACCCACGCCAACCUCCAAAAAGGCCCCGAUUCCAGGCCCAGGGAGUCCAGAAGUGAAGCGCAUCCAUGGGACCCCUCCACCGAUCUCUCCCAAGCCGACGCCGCCCCCCACCGCCCCAAAGCCCAAGGUCCACACGGUCCUCCAGUCGGUCAGUGCUAGCUCCACGCCGGCCCCAUCGCCCGCCAAGCAGCUCGGUCCCACCGCCAUCAAACCCUCGAGCACGCCUCCUUCGCUCUGCUCCAGCCCUGCAAAGCCCUUGUCCCCCGGUAGCGGAAGCGGGGUCCCCUCCCAUACGGUGCCGGUCAAGCCUCCGCGGUCCUCUAUGGCUGGGCCCUCGGUGGAGAGCAGCGUGGCCAGCAGCACUGAGAGUGUGCACCAGAAGUUGGAGGAGACCAGUGCCUCUCUGGCAGCAGCUCUGCAAGCGGUGGAGGAGAAGAUCAAACAGGAGGAUGGUCAGGCGGCAGAUUCAGCUGUGGAGAACAAGAGCACGGUGAGCAUCCUGGAUGACAUCGGAAGCAUGUUCGACGACUUGGCCGACCAGCUGGAUGCCAUGCUGGAGUGAGGGUUGUCUGAUGACCCCUGCCAACCUCAGGACCUGCCAAGGGCACAAGGGCACAAUCAUCUCUGUGGAAGACCUCCUCAGAACCCGGACCCCCCUUCCCCUCCAUCCUUUGAGGUUUGCACAAUGAAGAUAUGAUUACCUCAGGAUUGUGCUGAAAUGGACUUUUGAGAUGCUUCCCUCCCUUGCAUUUGGCAGAAGAGAACAGUGCCACCAACAACAAUCAAUCAAGGGGCUCUGUCUCAUCAUUUUCUGUUUCUCCCUUUUUCCCGGCCAAAACACCUCUUGACUUCAGGGGAAACGAUGCCAUUUUUCUUCCUGGGAAUGAAGUCAAAGGGCCGAUGCAAUUCUUCCGAUCCCUGGGAGACGAAAGCCAGUGCCGGAUGUUCCCUUCUCUUCCCUCGUUGGAUUUGGGAAGUGUUUCCAAAUCUCCUCCCUUUCCCCACUCUGCAAGUAUUAACAGUCCAAAUAUGCUAUCCAAAUGUGUGGCACAAGAAGAAGAAGAAAUAAGUAUUAGUCUUUCUCUGGUUCUUCUCGUUUUCCGUUUGGGGUUGACCUUUCUUUCGUCUUGGUGAACAGCUCUCUCUUUCUCUCGCCUUUCUGUGUCGGUUUUGUCCCUUGACGGAGCAAUUGCGGAUAUUGCUCUCCAUUAUCAAGAAACACCGGAAGAUAUGGGAAAGCCCCAGCGGCUUCUGUCUCGCUGCAUGCUUCGUUCCUUUGUCCCAAAAAGGUGUUCGUCUGCUCCUGGUGAUGAUGAUGAUAAUGAAGAUGUGACUGUGAGACGUUUUUUUGGUUCCGUUCCGAGAUAUUUUAGAUAUAUUUAACGCUCCUUUACUCCCUUUUUCCUUGAAAAGCACCAGUUUUGGGACAGUUUUUUGCAUGACCGAAAAAGGGAUAAAAAUAAAAUCCUCUUGGCCCAAAAUCCCUAUGUAAAUAUCCCCCGGUGGCUUCUGCUGCCGCCAUAGAAGAAGAA